UAUCGCUUUCAAGUGACUGGAUUACUUAAUUGCGUAUUGCUGCUGGCUUAGCACCGUGGGCUAUUUUCACCUUGCCGUUCGUUUUGAUCAAAAGAGUUGCAUCAAGUUUGUGUUUGACAACAUUCGCGUUGUUCUAAAUAAAGUGGAGGAGGAUCUCACUGUUUAACCAUCAACGACCUUAGCUGACUCGACUCCGCGCGACAUCCUCGGUCAUCUGCGUCGAAGUCAUUUCUUGUGCCACCCGAACGAAUACGAGGCCACAUAGUUCCCGAUCUCGUUUUCGUUUGAUUCUCUUUCCUACCGACAGGUUAUCGGUUGCCGGCAUUGUAGCGACGCGGACUGUUGAGGGCGAGGGUUAGGAAUUCGCGUAUGCCGUUGAUAAAGCCGGCAAACGCCGUGAAGGAAUUGGGAAGAAUCGGCCGUGUGGAAAGCUGAAAAUUCGUUCUGGGCUUUGCAGGACCCAGAUUUUUAUAUAAAUGAGUCGAUCUCAAAAUGGAAGAAAUAACGACCAACCAUCCGAUUUGGGGGGAUCCGUCAGAAGAGCGCGAGAACAGGCCGAGACGAUUAUAAGAGGUGGAUAUUCGGAGCCUCUGUCAGCAAGGCGUCAUAAUUUACAGAUUCGUGAUGAGCAGGGGCAGAUUGGAAUGGCGAUAUCAAAACCGACACCAGUGGCCCAGUGGCCUCUCCCCGGCCCUAUUUCCGCACCAGCAAUGACCGAUGCCGAGCCGUAUCGACCACCUCCCGGACGAUCACAACCACCGCAACGACCCCCGCGACCUAGCAGGACAUUAUCAAUUCUUGACAGUUCUCGUGUUCAAGACCACACACCUGUGUUCCAGUAUACACCGCAAGAUAUCAGGACAUCAGAGCUUUCGGCACCCGAGACUAUACCGAGUACCUCCUCCAGACGGUCAAAUACUUCUUCAGUCGGGUCCAUUCCCGACUUCCCGUUACCAGUAACCACACCACCUCCACAACAACCUAGGAGAAGUGUCACUUUAGGCCCACCACCAUCUUCGAGAAGAGGGGCCUCUUCAUUUUAUUCCACGGCGUCUUUUGUUUCACCAAUACCAGAGGAGAGCCCGAGGACACGAUCACAUGCUUCUUAUGCAUCUAGCGCCGCGAUACCGGAGAGUUUUGGGAGUCUCACGCCAGGAUAUAGCCCAAAUUCUCUAUAUGUUGACGAUACGAUAGCAGAAGAGUCCAUCGCCAGCGACGACGAGAGCCGCCUAGUAAGGAAUGCAAGUAUAGGGAAGAGGGGGAAACCAUCUUUGGUAACCACAUCUGGUCCCGAAAAGAAGGAUGGAUUCUUAAGGCCGGGGCCAAGCCCAGUCCCGGGCGGACCAUUUCGAGACGGCACCGGCUACCUCGAGGCUUCAUCAAGCUCAUCUGGAAACGGUUCACGGGAGGCAGUUGGAGCUGCCGUCACCCCAGAAAGCAUGCUAAAUGCAUUUGAGGGCGCGAGUGCCACGGAUCCUUCAUCAUUACGAAAAGCUACCCCUUCACCAAGGCCAUACAGAUUUUCCGCCAUACGGAGACCGCCACGCCUAGACAUAGACGCAGUGAGGAAGGCUGAGCAGAGAGGGAGCUUGACGAGUCUACCGGAUUUAAUUCGACGGGCAACCAGAUUGGCAGCUUUAAUGGACAGAGGGCGCAGACCCGCUAGUCGGUUCGACGAGUUAGACUUCCCGGAAGAAGUCUACAAUAACGAAUCCGAGAAGGAAUAUUCUUAUGAUAUGAGGCAUCAGUCCGGGUUGUCGGGUAUGCUCGCAGCAUUCCCGCCCCCGGGAAGUCGGAAUGAUGCACGCAAAAGUAGGGCUUCGACGUCUUGGCCUCUAACACGAAUGUCAUUUCGAGGGCCUCCAGCAGAAUCGGAUCGAUCACUCGAGCCGGAAACAGAGUCGCAGAAAAAGAAGCGCCGUUGUUGUGGAUUGCCGAUAUGCACCUUUUUCGUAUUGGCUCUUAUUUUGCUGUGUAUUAUUACAGCCGCCGUCGUGGUCCCGGUUAAGUUCCUCGUUAUUGAUAAGGCGGCUCAGAGCAAUAGGGCAGCACAAGAGACUGCGAAUGAGUGUGAGACACAAUUAGUAUGUGCCAAUGGGGGUACCAAUGUUCAGCUUAAUGGAACUUGUUCGUGCAUUUGCUCGAAUGGUUUCACGGGUGUGGAUUGCACUAUUCCUACUUCGCAAGGUUGCACUACGACUUCGAUCAGCAUGGCCACUACUAGCAUCAGCAAUGUCACCAUCGGCCAGGCGAUACCCCGACUCAUAAGAGAUGCCCAGGCCAAUUUCUCAAUCCCCCUUGUCGCCACCGAGAUACAAUCCAAGUUCAACAAGGAAAACCUCUCUUGUGUUAUUGAGAAUGCGUUGGUUACUUUUGAUGGGCAAUUCCUGCAAGCACAGAAAGCUCUGUCUGAGGUUUCAAAUCUCGAUACCGAUCAAGAUCUUGUGAAGGCCGGCGUAGUUGGGAAUGAGGUUCCGAUCACACUAAGUGUGCUUCCGGACGUGGACAUUACCGUGACAGUUCAGAACCCGGCCGGUACUGGUGCAUUUUCUGGGAGCUUUGUGGUAACCACGCUGACUUCCCCAACAACAAUUUCCGGCUCUACGAUAUUUGCCACCACCAUCACAGAUAGUAACUCUAAGCGAGCAACACCUACACCCAUGCCCACAACGGCGCCAGCAUCGACAUCCACUACUCGGAGCCGCACAACUAGUGCAACUACGACGGCUGCCACGGCUACGCCAUCAGCGAGCUUUGAUGUCAGCACUGAGAUUGUCGACUUUGCCCGCGUGGCAGUGCUGUAUAUUUUCCAAGAACAGACCUUGGACGAUGCCUCGAAUGCUCAGACCUCGAUUCAGAAUUUCUUUCGCGAUGUGGGAUCUGGGCAGAAUACCACAUCUGCCAUGAAUGUCACGCUGGGUGGGGGAAACACGAUUGAUUUCGUGGACUUGUCCGUCGAUAUAGGUGACGGACAAAAAGUCGGUGGUCGAGGCGGGUGAGGGACUCGAAGCGGGUAAUUGUGACGCAUUUCCAUAUCUCGAAUGACGUAUCGAAAGAACGUGUCGAACAGAACGGAAUAAUGCAA